AUGUCUAUCUGGAAACCAUAUUGUGAAGACGAUACUUUGGAUGUAUCCAGUGUAUCAGACAUUAAACCAGAAAUAAAAUCUUCGACAAACAGUCCGUCCGUACAUGUCGCUGAAGAUGUUCGCUAUGAAUAUCCUGUUGGACAAUCCAGUUAUUACCAGUAUUGGUACCAAUAUCCACAGCAAUACUAUUAUCCACAGCCGUACUACGACCCCAACUCCGCUGCAGUAUCUCUACAUCAUGUUCAACCAGAGGCUUCCUCAUCAUCGGACUCAUCAGUAUUAUGCAAUUCAAGACGACUAAGUGUAGAUGAUGAUGAGCUAUCUGAUGACCCUUCCUACCAAGAAUUCGAGCAAAAUGCCCUACGAGUUAUGACUGAGAAAAAUGGCGGAGUUUUAUUAGGUGAUUAUCCGCGAAUGCGUCGUGCUGUAAUUACUACCAGUAAAGAUGCAGCCGAAGAUGGAUACAAGCAAAGGAGGCUAAAAAAUAAUAUAGCUGCUAAGCAGAGCAGAGAUCGGAGGAAAAUGAGAGAAAUCCAUCUCGGGUUGAAAGCAAAUUAUUUGAAGAAAGAACUAGCACGCCUCCAAGCACAACUUGCUACAAAACUAUGUGGUCAUUGUAGUAGACUCUAA